AUGGGCUGCGCACCAUCAAAGCAUACGAUGGGGAAGAAGUUGAAAAAUGGGCGGAAGCAGGACGUUCAAAUCGGUUGGCCAACAGACUUCCACCAUAAUUCGCUUUCAUACCCAUCAACAGUGUGUGUCGAUUGCGAUCUACCGUCUCGCACAUUGCUUGCAUCGUUAGGAAACACCGACAUGCUGAGCUGCAACUGCAAUGAUCCGGAUAGCCAAACCCUCGACUUCAAGCUGGAUUUAGAACCAAUGUCACCAAUUAGCUUAUCACCGAAGCCAAAGGCGCCUCUCCCAACUAGCUACAAUUUCCCGCUCGGUUUCGAUCAUGUUAGUAGAGAUUCGAAUAAAGCUUACGACUAUUACAACGAAGAAUAUGACGAAUAUGGCGGAGAGGAAGAAACUACCCCGCUCCAUUUGCAGCACAGGAGAUAUGCAUCUUUUUCCUCCGGGAAGUGGCCGUGGAAAGCCGACCAUAAUGUUGUGGUUACUACACAAGAAGUUUCGAGCACUAGAUCUAACUCGUACGCUUCGAGAUCACGGUCGUACGCCUCGAGCCAUUGCCUAAGAUCUGCCUACGAAGCCGACAUCCGCGAUAGGGACACCGAUGCAGAUACAUUUGUUGAUCACUAUGUCGAUGAUGCCGCUUCUACUCUAGUUUCGACACACUUACCAGAAGUCCAGUCUUUUGAAUUCCCUUCUACACUUGGAAGCGAAAGCUUUGGCCCAAAACUCUUGAUUCGGGAGCGGCUACCAUUCGAGACGUUGAACCAAAGUAGUCCUGAUUUACACUCCGCCUGCGCAAGAACCUCGCAGCGAGUUUCAAAAGAUCAGGUUAAAGUCAUUAGAAUCCGGGGUUCUAGGUCCACCAACUGGAUAUAA